UUCGACAGGCCGUCCCUCCUCAAACGCCACAUGCGCACGCACACGGGUGAGCGGCCCCACGUUUGCGCGGUGUGCGGCAAGGGGUUCAGCACGUCGUCCUCGCUGAACACGCACGGACGGAUACACUCCGGGGAAAAGCCGCACCAGUGCCCCGUGUGCGGCAAGCGGUUCACAGCGUCAUCCAACUUGUACUACCACCGCAUGACACACAACAAGGAGAAGCCGCACAAAUGCUCCCGCUGCCCUAAGUCGUUUCCCACUCCAGGAGAUCUACGAGCUCACUCGUAUAUACACACUGGCGAGUGGCCGUUCCGCUGCGAUGUGUGUGGAAGGGGCUUUAGUAAACAAGCCAAUUUUCGUAGCCAUGGGCUUCUCCACUUAAAUUAG